CGGAAAUGACGCUUAGGAUGUUCUUUUUCUCAGUCGGACAUUUUUGCAAGUAAUCGCUAGUUUUUCCUCUCUUAUUUUAUGCGUUUUGUUUUUAAGUUACACUUUUUACGUUUUAAACGUCUCGUUGGGUUGUUAUGUUUGCUACAAAAAGUAAUUUGUGCACCGAGUGAGAGAAGCUAACCUAAAUUAGCUUAGCCUUAGCUGCUUUUGAAAUGUUCGCGUCUGAGAAAAAUGAAAAGAAAAGUGUCGAAAUUAAGACUGAGUCCCAACGAAGAAGCUCGGAUAAUACGAGAGGAGCACGAAAGAAGGAGAAAACUACGAAUACAGCAGGUUCGAGAGCAGCAGAGGUACAUCGCCCUGCAGAUCCGCCGGGAGGUCGAGCAGAGGCGGCAACAUGAGCUGGACCAGCUGGAGCAGGAGCUGAGGGAGGACUGGACCCGACAACAGAAUGACAAACUCCAGGCGCUGCAGAGGUUAUACCAGGAGAGCUUGCAGCUUGUCGGCCAGAGCCACAGGAGUGCAAAAGAAAAUGAACCUGACCUGGCAGCUGUUGCUCAGAGGGAGGAGGAAAACCGGGCCAAAGCAGAGGAGCGUUAUCGAGAAGCCCUGAAGGAGCUCAAAAUGCAGAAGAUCAGCGAUCAUGAGAGGCAAAACCAAACCGUUAACGCCAGGAAGAAGGCUCUGCAGGCUGAAAAGGAAAGAUCAGCCAAAGUGGCCAGCCUCCCUCCUCCUCUAAACCCCAUCCAGAACAUCGAUGUGAAGAAGCCACACGUGGUGAGGAGAUGUGAUGUGAGUGCGUUUGCCUCCACACAUUACCACAUGCUGGAGAGCGUCGUAGAGAGAGAGGCAGACACCGCUCAGCCCGACGCCCACACAGAGGCGGAGCUGGAGGCCAGGAGGCUGCAGGAGCUUCAGGAGGAGGAGAAGAGGAGGAGGGAGGAGCAGCUGGAGAGGGCUCGGGUCAGAGGGAGGCAGGCUCUGAGGAGGGAGCAGCUGGUGCAGGACCGGGAGCGUUUGCUGGUGGAGCUGGAGCACCUGCAGCAGACGGACCUGCUGAGGAGGAGGCGGCAGGUGUCUCAGAUGCCACCGCAGAUCUUCCAGCCUCUCCACAAGAGACAGGAGACGAGAGAGGACUUUCAGAGGGAGCUGGAGUUCGCCUUCGAGGACAUGUACACCGGAGAGAGGCGGGUUAAAGGCGACCUGGUGGUCCAGCUGGAAGCUGAGCCUCUUCCAGGCUCUUCAGAUGGCAGCCAGGACCAAGAGCUGGAUGUUUCUGUGGCUGAAACCCCACCUGAAGCAGAACAUCAAACUGGCUCAGAGCGAGAAGCUGGCAGCACCGAGCAGGAAACAUCUGCUGAUGCAGAGCCUCCGAGGCCUCCUCCCAGACGAGCUCUGAGGAAACUCCUGGAUCGGAUCAGGAACCAGAGGAGCGAAUGGGUCAGCAGCAGCAGCCGUGUCUCGGAUUCACCGACUGUCUUCACGGAUCAGAUCCCAGAGCGAGACACGAGCAUCGAGUCAGGAUCUUUACAGAGUGACGAGAAACUUAAAGAGACCCCCAUCGAGGUUCCUGAGCCCACCAUCCCUUCACCAGGAGCUUCGGAGCUCAGAAACCAGGCAGAAAGUUCACUUCCUGAUGUUGUUGUCAGCAAAAUCCAAGAAUUUGAAGAAGAGCGAAAGAAAAAGGAGGAAGAACUGGAGAUGGAGAAACGGCAGCAGGUGUUUCUGCUGCAGGAGCUGGAAGAGCAGAAAGCCAAACUGGAACAGAUGCUGCUCGAGGCUCAGCAGGAGCGGGACCACCUGAAGGCCGCUGUGACCUGGGAAAUGGUCCUUAAUGGACCACAAGAGCCUGAACAGAACCAGGAGGCCACCCCCGGUUCAGUCACCGAGCCGGCUCCUCCUGCAGGUGAAGACCACCACGCCGGGAGGAUCAGAGAGUACCAACAGAGGCUGUUGGAGCAGAACAGAGUUCACCAGAGGUCAGUGGAGGUGGCUCGUCAGCGUUUGGAGGAAUACCAGCGAGCUCUACAAAUACGCCACCACAUGCCCACCAGGUCACCACUGUCCCUCUCCGGGCCUCCGACCUUCCGUACGCAGCCUGAUGUUCCUCUUCAGCUCCUCACUGCUCCUGCAGGGCCUCCCUUCAUUCACACCGAAGCUCAGACUUCAGAGGAGUUUUCUGUAAGAGGCUCUGAGGCGUCCUGUCCCGCCUCCAGGUCCAGCGUUUCCUCCAGGACGCCGUCGGAUGAGUCCGCGAGGUUAGACGUAAACACUCAGCUGACUGAUGACAUCAUGAAAAGAGUAACAGAACACCUACCUGAAAGACUGAGACCGCCCUCCGUCUCUGAGGAGCAGCCGCCUCACAAACCGCCAUCGAGACACAAAUCAAUCAGCUCACAGCCGACCUCCGAUCGGCUCCGAGCUGUCGGUCGGUCCGAGGGUCCGGACCCGGAGUCCGGAGAGGAGGGCACACAGAGACAAAGACGGCAGGAGGCUCAGAGACAAGCGAAGGAGCAGAGGGAGGCGAGGCUGCAGCAGGUGGAGAGGCAGAGAAAUGAAGUGGAGCUGGAGCAGAUGAGGAGACAGAAGGAGGCACUGCAGGCUCUGAUUGACACUGAUGAGCAGCAUGGUUCACACACUUCCUGUGAGGAGCUGCAAGCAGAGGACGUUCAUCAACAACGAAUGAGGUUACUGGCCUCUCUUCUGAAGGCCAUCGAGGAGUCACAUGGGGGGUCUUUGUCCCACUUAGAAGAACCCGAAGAGAACGGUGACGCCUUUCAACAAAGCCUGUCUGCCUCUGCUGGGACAGCUCAGAGCAGCGGUCCUGCUGGACCUCCUCUGUCUUCAGUUCUCCCGUCAGAACUUUUUCAUCCUCGAGCACCAAAACCCCCGGUGACCCGGGUCAAACUGGGCUUUAAAGAAAUGACUGAACAACAUGAGCUGAGUGCCAUUCAGGAGGUGGAGACUCCCGUCAACAUGAGCCACGUCGCAGGUCAGGAGGGUUUCAUGUCGGAGUCUUCUCACACCACAGAUCAGGAUCUGCAGGACGAGUCGGAGUCCUUUGUCUCGUCCGACGGGACUCUGCAGACUGCGUCCAGCAGUGGACAAGAAACUGAGAGACGGGUCCACUCAGAGACAUCUGGACAUCUUCCCUGGAGGGAGAGACAGCUGUCGGGAGCAGGAUCUCCUCCAGAACAAUCAGACUCCGAUUCCAUCCUGAAGAAAAACUCAUCGCUUUCCUCUGAUUCUGGACGAGGAGCGGACUUCUCUGGUCCUGGAAAUACCAGCUACAAAUCCCCCACAGAGCCUCGUUGUGGACCUCCGGAGUCGGACUGCUUCUCCACCAUCUCCAGCGGCAGCUACGUCACCACCGACCCCAACAACUCAAACACCGUAGAUAAAUCUCUGUCCUUCAGAGAAAGUGGAGCAGAUUUAAGCCACGUCUCGUCUCCGUCCGCUGUGGAGGAAAACUCAGCCGUGGCUCGUCCCGCUGCAGCAGUUCUCUCAGUGUUUAAUGACAGCAGCAUCCAGAGGAUUAUUGAUAAAUAUACCAGAGAGCUCAAUGUGUCCCUCAGCUCUGCGGGGAUGACAGGGAGGACGAUGGAGGAUGAAAACUCAGGUGGUCGGUUCGAUCUAUCACUCACAGCAGAAGCUCAGAGGAGCGUCACGGAUGUGGAGCAGGACCCGUCUUUCUCUGAUCAGGACACUUUCCGGCCAUUGAUUGGUCAUCUGACCGACCAAUCAUCGUGCCUCGCUGCCAAUCAGAGGGAGUCGGUCCUAGAGCAGCUGGUCGGGCAGCCGUCUGCUCACUCCUCUAUGAUCGCUCCCCUGCCGGGACCCCCAGGACCACCGGUCUCCCUGAGCUUUGAUCAGACCGGGUGGGACUCCACUGUGAGUCGGAUGAUUGGCCGCCUUUCCCACCAGUCCGGUUCUCAAUGGCCGAGCCCGGGUCAGGACGAGGACGCCAGUGAGCUGGGGCGUCGGGAGGUGUUGGGGGCGUCGUGGUUGGAUGGAGGUCCAGAGGAGAGUCGGAUGAGACCGCUGGUCGGGGAGCUGGAUGAGUCUGAGCAGCACAGUGGAAGCUUCGGUGAAAGCAAUCGAGCAGUUCCUGCUGAUGUGCCAUCAGACCAGACGUCCUCUGUCCCACGUGUUGCUCCACCUCUACAGGACCAGACCGGUCCAGUGGACCUGGACUCUCAUGUGGUUGAAGAGGGCUCAGAUGUGUUCCACCCUCUGGAGGCUGAAAUCACCCACAAUGAAACAGCCGACCCCCCCGCGACCUUUCACCUGCCUGAACACGACGUUCCUGAGGGUUCCCUCGGCUUUUCCACACCUUCUGUGGGGUUUGAACCGUCGCCUGAGCAGCUUCGAGCAGAAGAGAGAACCUCCCCCUCCUUACAGGAGUCCUUCUCCCAGCUCGUCCUCUCAGAGAGUCGUCCUCAGGACUCUGUUGUCACUGAGGCCGUCAGUGAGCACAGUGCAGGAGAAAACCACGAGUUUCUUCUUGUUUCAGACAAAAUAAAAGAAGCAGCCGAGGAGGAGGGGAUCCUUGAGCAGUCCCAGAUAACGUUAGUGAGUCUGACGGACACCACGCUCCAGGAUGAGGAGACCACCAUCGUAGAAGAGACCGUUCAGGAGGACCCCCUCUCUGGGGGGGUGAAAGAGGACGAACAGACGGAGGAGCUUGUUUCUACAUCGUUACCAAAGGAGACCCCUGAGGACCAACGUCAGGCACGUUCAGGGACCGUCCUGGAGUUCCAGUGGGGUCCAGGGAAAGACCUGCAGGAGGUCUUCCUGCAGAAACACACGGCUCUCCUUCAGAGCUCCAGCCGCAGGGUGCAGGAGAUGAAAACCAAAGCAGCUCGAGCAAAAACUCAACCUCAGAACCAAGAUCCAGUUAGAGCCGGAUCCAUCACCUGGAUGGCAAGGACUACUUCAGAACCUCAGAAGAACAGCGGGACAAAAACCUCACAGCUUCCCUCUUCAGAUCAUGGCUCCAGCCUGAAACCAGCAGCUGAGCUGAAGAUCUGCACUGCAGAGCAGAGGAAACACAACCUGUCUGUGAUGCACAGGAGAACUCAGAGGCUGUACGAGCAGCUGGAGGAGGUCAAACAUCUGAAAACCAUCAGGACCAGACAAGAAGAUUAUGCCAAAAACAGACUGAAGGCCAAAGAGUUCCACAAGAAAACGUUACAGAAGCUUCGUGCCAAACAGACUCGGUGACAUGAAGACAAUCUUUGAUUCUUUUAGUGUUUUAAUUUAUGUUAAUUUAUUUGUAGAUUUUACAUCAAUAAACCAUUUUAUGAACA